AUGUCAAACGGUCUACCUUUUCUGAAUAAGCUACGCAAGCCAGAGUUGGCUGAGAUUGCUGAGAGAACCGAUCUGCAAGAUUAUGACGAGUACAACAAAUCUGAACUGGUCGCCGCGCUGGACAAACAUCUCACCGAAAAUCGCUCCAUUUUCUCCAGCGACAAGGAACUCGCCGAGUUCUACUCGCGCCUGUCCGGCACGCGUAGAGGAUCACCUGUGAAGCGCGAACCUCGGACGGCCGUCUCUCCUGUGACUGAGAAGAAGACUCCUGGUCGCCGAUCCAUCAAGCCAAAGGAGGAGGAAUCUGUUGACUCGGACGAUGCCACCAAAACCCCAGUCGCGAAGAAGACCCCCACUGCCACGCGCGCGACUCCGCGAUCUUUGCGAUCUUUGCGAUCCUUUGAGUCGCCAAAUUUGCAGUUCCCAGCUUCUCCUGCAGUAGUGACCGACGUCAUUGACCGGCAGACCGCGAAGAUGCGCGAGGGCUUAGAGCACGCCUGGACCGCAUCUGGUUUGAUCGAGCGGUUGCAUGCUCUGCGCGCAUCUUUGAGUAGCCUCAAGGCGGUUGAGACCAUUUUCGUACUUGUGGAGGCUGCUUAUGUUCUCUAUGAGCUUGUACCUGUCCGGUAUCUAACUACUACUCCCGCUGUGCCUGCUGCGUAUCUUCCCUCGUUCUCAAUCAAGGUUCCGGAUCUGUUUGUCUUACUGAAUGGUGCUUUCUGGGCACCCUUCACUCUCUGGUUCCUCACCAACCUGGCCUUGCCGUUGAUCGCUGCUUACUUCUUCAACCUGAGUUGGCAGGCAGCUACCGGCGGCUCCCAGGGCCCUGCGCGCCGUACUCGCUCGGCCUCACCUCUCGCCAGUUUUGAUCCUCUGUCCUUCAACAUUGCCAAGGCUUUGCUGGUGUACAAAGUCUAUGUUGACCACUUUGACUAUGCCGAUCUUUUCAGCAAGUAUGCUAUCCAGAAGGUCAAUUUCUCUAUUCCGGGUCAGUAUAGUAGUAUGCUGACCGGAACCGCCAUUGGGGUUAUCGGAUCUCUUUACGAAGCCAUUCUGCGCUCGUAG